AUGGAGAACAUGAGCUUAGCGAAUAUGCCGGUCACAGUCACUAAGAAAGCAAUCAAAGUUGAUCAAGGGGUAGGUUUUGUUUGUCGUUUUCGUUCUUCGUAUGGUCCUACUGUUGUCGGCUUUGAUAUGGAAUGGCGGCCUAACGUUCACUCUGGGGAGGACAAUCCUGCAGAUUAUAUUCCAGUUUCACUUCAAAAAUUUUUGGUUGAUCCUAGUUUUCUGUUUUGUGGUGUUGGUAUAGAAGCAGACGCUGCAAAGCUGCAUAGGCAGUACAGUCUCUUUGUUCGUCAAUUUGAAGAUGUUAACACGCUCCACAAAAGAGCUUGUUUAAAUGUUGAUCCAGCUGCACAUGUUAAUAAGGGACUGAAGGCAAUGGUAUUAGUUGUUUUGGGAAAAGAACUACGAAAGCCACUAUACGUAACCCUAAGUAACUGGGAUUCGGAAUUUUUGACAGACGAACAAAUUGAGUAUGCAGCUAUUGACGCCUUUGCGACCCUUCUAUUGGGUAUUAGACUUACAUAUUUGAUAUCUACAAUUUCACAGCCUCCAUGA